GGGGGCGGCGCUCCAACGGUGCAUGCGCGCGGGCCUCUGCCCUCCCUGCGCCCCGACCACCAUCGGGAGAAGAAGGAAAAGGAGAAGGAAGGAAAAGGAGAAGGAGAAGAAGGAGGAGGGCGACGAGGAGCCCGCCCGCACGGCCAGACAAUGGGCACCCGGAACCGCAUGGUGCAGGUUGUCGACACUGAAUACAGUGCGGAUUCAGUGGAGUGGUGCCCGCUUGAUGACUGGAAUAACUUUCUGGUCUGCGGCACCUACCAGCUGCGUCUGCCGGACAAGAGCGACGAGUCCCCCGCCCGGCUCGGCCGCCUCUACCUGUACUGCUACAGCGAAGACCUGCACAGUCCCAACCCGCUGGUGGAGAUCCAGAGGAGAGACUCGGCCGCCAUCCUGGACAUGAAAUGGUGCCACGUGCCGGUGGCGGGCCUGCCCACCCUGGGGGUGGCGGACGCCAGGGGAGUCGUGGAGCUGUUUCAGCUGGUGGGCCCAGAGAAGAACAGCUGCAAGCUAAACCCGUUGCUCAGCGUGGACCUGGCGCCUCAGACCAUCGCCCUGUCUCUGGACUGGUCGUCGGGACGUGUCGGAUUUAACGACCAGCCCCUGAAACUCGUAAGCAGCGACUCCAAGGGACAGCUAUACUUGGUGGCGGUGGACGAGUCCCCCUCCGCCCGACUCCUGUCGACGUGGAAAGCUCACGGCUUUGAAGCCUGGAUCGCCGCCUUCAAUUACUGGCAGACAGAAGUCGUGUUUUCAGGCGGAGACGACGGUCUGCUGAAGGGCUGGGACACCCGGACCCCCCUAACCGCCCCGCUGUUCACCAGCAACAGACAUUCCAUGGGCGUCUGCAGCAUCCACAGCAGUCCGCACCGGGAGAACCUGCUGGCCACUGGAAGCUACGACGAGCACAUCCUCCUGUGGGACACCCGCAACAUGAAGGAGUCGUUCGCCGACACCCACGUGCAGGGCGGCGUGUGGAGGCUCAAGUGGCACCCGGCCGUCGACUACCUGCUGCUGGCCGCCUGCAUGCACGGCGGCUUCAAGAUCCUCAACUGUCUGGGGACCCUCGAGGAGCGGAAAGACACGUGCCUGGUGGUGACCAACUACAUGCUCCACAACUCGCUGGCUUACGGGGCCGACUGGUCGCGGCUGUCGCCCCGGCCCUGCCUGAGCCCGGAGCCGCAGGUCCCGUUGACCGGCCCCCUGCACCUGGCCACCUCCAGCUUCGACCCCAUCUUCCGCAAGCUGGACUGGCAGACCCAGAACCUGAAGAUCGCCUACGAGUCCCCGACGACCAUCUCGGACAUCGGGUCGGACGAGGACGCGGAGGGUCACAACUCGCAGCUGCGCAUCCAGGGCGGGCCCCGGUCGGGCCCCUCCUCCACCAUGUCGGUCUCCCCGACGCUGAGGAGCAUGGUCACCAUCCCGUCCCUCCUGUCCCGCUGGGAAGAGCCCGACACUGCCAAGAGCGAGGCCAACCUCCUGGCCACCUGUUCCUUUUACGACCACGUCCUCCACGUGUGGAAGUGGGACAUGAUCGACCUGUUGAGUAAAUAGUCGAGCGCACGCGCGCCCGCCUCCCAAGUCGCCCGGAUGUCGGUCUGGACUUUGACGGGCACCAGGGGGGUGGGUCCGUCCCCUCCCCUCUUCUCCCCCCUUUUUCAUCCAAGGAAGGAAGCGCACGUCCACUGCCCAACUCCCAAAGGCUUCCGGGAAUUCCCGCCCUGAGCAGGGGUAUGCGGCCCAGACUGUCUCCUAGCCUAUGGGAUCUGGAAAAACGCCACAUCCUUGGCUUUAGAAGGGGGCGGAAGCUUCCCGUGCCCUGCCGAGCUCCCCGACGCUUCGUGGAGCGCCACUCCCGUCUCUUAGCCGCCGGGAUUUUGGAAAAUGCGAUUUCCUUGGGUUCAGAAAGGGCGGCUCUCGGUCUCUUGUCCGUUCCGCCUUCCCGCUUUUCGCCUUUCCCAAAGUGGAACCCGAGCAGCGGGGUGAGUCCCGAGGAUACCUGGAACCUGUCUUCUAUUAAACACGACUUUACCCUUCCGAGGGGCGUGAACAGGCUGAAAA